GGUUGCGACGGGGUAUGCCCUUUUCUCUUUGCAUAAAUAGACAGAGGUCAGACCUUUCUCCACGGUCAUGACUUGGUCUGCGGUAUAGCAAGCUCCUUCUCACGUUCCAAGAGUCAAGACUCAAGAGACAACCCGCAAAAGCCAGCCCACCAUGUCUACGACUCUUCACAACAAGCCAAUUCCGGCUCUAGGACGUCUUUGGUCCAUGUUCGGCACCGGAUCAUGGCACCCAAGCAAUCCAACCCCCAAACUCAAGUCGGAUGAUGACGACGUAGAUUCCCGUUCCCCGGAAUCCCUUACCCAGAAGCCCCUUCUCCCCGCUGGAAGCCUCAUGGGGAACGUAUCCGCCAUGAUCCGCAUCAUCUGGACCUUCACCAAGAACGACCUCUUCACCUUCUCCCUCCAAUGCGUCCUCUUCGGCGUCGCCCUCUCCUUCGCCAAAGAUGCAAGAACGGCACCCGACCCCCCCACGCUCAAGCAAGCCCUCUCCCGGCUCCCGGGUAGCUGUCUAUUCCAGUUCAUGAGCCAACUCCUUGUCAACCUCGACAACCAGCGUGAGCCUGCCUCUGUCGUUGAGGACAGCAUCAACAAGCCAUGGCGGCCCAUUCCCUCGGGCAUGAUCACGCCCGACCAAACCCGCCGCCUGCUCCUUUGCCUGGUUCCCCUAUACUUGGCCCUCGGCUAUGCCCUGGGCGUUUGGAACAUUGCAUUGCUUAUCGUCAUCGCCGUCUUCAUCUACAACGACCUCGGAGGCUCCGGCGAGCUUCUGGUGCGGGACAUCGUGCUGGGUAUCUCGUACAUUAUCUAUCAGAUGGGGCCGCUGCGAAUUGCGCUCGGGUCGGGAGAGUACCGUGCCGACAUGGCGGGGGAUCUCGUCAGCCCGAGGGGAUACGCGUGGGCGGCCAUGAGCGGCUUGCUCGUCGUCACGACCGUGCCCAUUCAGGACAUCAAGGACCAGGAGGGCGACCGGCAGCGGGCGAACCGCAAGACGAUGCCGCUGAUCAUUGGCGACGCGGCGACGCGCUAUUACCUGGCCGUGACCAUCCCGUUUUGGGCGGUGGUGGGAACGCUGUUUUGGGGGACGCCGGUCUGGUAUGCGGUGCCUCUUGUGGCGUAUGGGUUGUAUAUUUCGUGGCGGCUGCUGGCCAAGAGGAAUCUGGUGGAUGAUGAGGCGAGUUGGAGGAACUGGACUCGGUGGCAGCUGCUUGCGUAUGCGUUGCCUGCUGUGAGCGCACUGACAGAGUAAGCGGGGACAGUCCACGAGCGAUAACCGUGGAGACUAUCUACUGGGGGAAAAUGACCGGAGAGGGACUUUAAUGUUACGGAAAGGACAAAAGAUUGGAUCAUGACAUGGAUGGAAUAAAUGAAUGGAAUGACUAGGAGGAAUGAAAGGGGAUCAGGAACAUAACGAUUAAAGAUGACGAAAUGGCUAAGAAAAGACAAACAAAGAAUUCAUGAAACCGUUCGAA